UGCUCGGCGCACGGCGGAGCUGCGGCUGCUUCUGCUGCUGAGGGGAGCAGAGAAGGUGGCGGUCUUGCGCCUCCCUGGACUUCCCAAGUGGGGGCAGAGCAGUCGCUCGCGGGAGACGUCAGUUGGAAAGGCACAGGGAAACAGGAACCUUCAAACUCCUCCUCGGCGUCUCCUCUCCACCCCUUUGGCCCCUGCCCUUGAAGAAAGUGGAGUGUGGCGUUUGGCUGUGGUUAUUUCUUGGGACUGCUUCGCCGUGCACGGAUUCAGCGGCUGCCCAGUGGGGCUCUCCGCUGUUUGCGCGACUCUCGGUGUUGUUCCCUCCGGCACACCUCUAUCGACGAUGAGGAAAGGUCUGCGGGCGACAGCGGCCCGCUGCGGACUGGGACUAGGAUACGUGCUGCAAAUGCUCGUGCUACCUGCCCUGGCCCUGCUCAGCGCCAGCGGCACCGGCUCAGCCGCUCAAGACGACGACUUUUUUCAUGAACUCCCAGAAACGUUUCCAUCAGAUCCACCUGAGCCUCUGCCACAUUUUCUCAUUGAGCCAGAAGAAGCCUAUAUUGURAAGAACAAGCCUGUGAACCUGUACUGUAAAGCCAGCCCUGCCACCCAGAUCUACUUCAAGUGCAAUAGCGAGUGGGUUCAUCAGAAGGACCACAUAGUAGACGAACGAGUGGACGAAACUUCUGGUCUCAUUGUCCGGGAAGUGAGCAUUGAGAUUUCACGACAGCAAGUGGAAGAACUCUUUGGGCCUGAAGACUACUGGUGCCAGUGUGUGGCCUGGAGCUCAGCAGGCACCACGAAGAGUCGGAAGGCUUAUGUGCGCAUCGCAUAUCUGCGGAAGACAUUUGAGCAGGAACCCCUGGGAAAGGAAGUGUCCCUGGAACAGGAAGUCUUACUCCAGUGUCGACCACCUGAAGGGAUCCCAGUGGCUGAGGUGGAAUGGUUGAAAAAUGAAGACAUAAUUGAUCCUGUUGAAGAUAGAAACUUUUAUAUCACAAUCGAUCACAACCUAAUCAUAAAGCAGGCCCGCCUCUCAGAUACUGCAAAUUAUACCUGUGUCGCCAAAAACAUUGUUGCCAAGAGGAAAAGCACAACUGCUACUGUCAUAGUCUAUGUWAAUGGUGGCUGGUCCACCUGGACAGAGUGGUCUGUGUGUAAUAGCCGUUGUGGACGAGGGUAUCAGAAACGCACAAGGACCUGCACCAACCCAGCACCACUCAAUGGCGGKGCCUUCUGUGAGGGGCAGAGCGUGCAGAAAAUAGCCUGUACCACACUGUGCCCAGUGGAUGGCAGAUGGACCUCAUGGAGCAAGUGGUCUACUUGUGGGACUGAAUGUACCCACUGGCGCAGGAGGGAGUGCACAGCACCAGCCCCUAAGAAUGGGGGCAAGGACUGCGACGGCCUGGUCUUGCAAUCGAAGAACUGCACCGAUGGGCUUUGCAUGCAGACUGCUCCUGAUUCGGAUGAUGUUGCUCUCUAUGUUGGGAUUGUGAUCGCAGUGAUUGUUUGCCUGGCCAUCUCUGUUGUCGUGGCCCUAUUUGUGUAUCGGAAGAACCAUCGUGACUUUGAGUCUGAUAUUAUUGACUCUUCAGCCCUAAACGGGGGCUUUCAGCCUGUGAACAUCAAGGCCGCCAGACAAGAUCUCCUGGCGGUGCCCCCAGACCUCACUUCAGCGGCAGCCAUGUACAGGGGACCUGUCUACGCCUUACACGACGUCUCAGACAAAAUCCCAAUGACCAAUUCUCCAAUUCUGGAUCCACUGCCCAACCUGAAAAUCAAAGUGUACAACACCUCGGGGGCUGUCACUCCCCAAGAUGACCUCUCUGAGUUUACAGCCAAGCUGUCCCCGCAGAUGACCCAGUCCUUGCUGGAGAAUGAGGCCCUUAACCUGAAGAAUCAGAGUCUCGCCAGGCAGACGGACCCAUCCUGUACAGCGUUUGGCACCUUCAACUCCCUUGGGGGCCACCUUAUUGUUCCCAAUUCAGGAGUAAGCUUGCUGAUUCCUGCUGGGGCCAUUCCCCAAGGGAGAGUCUACGAAAUGUAUGUGACUGUACACAGGAAAGAAAAUAUGAGGCCACCCAUGGAAGACUCUCAGACGCUCUUGACCCCAGUGGUGAGCUGUGGGCCUCCGGGAGCCCUGCUGACCCGCCCUGUCAUCCUCACUCUGCAUCACUGUGCAGAUCCCAAUACAGAGGACUGGAAGAUCCAGCUCAAAAACCAGACAGCACAGGGACAGUGGGAGGAUGUAGUAGUGGUUGGAGAGGAAAACUUCACUACCCCCUGCUACAUUCAGCUGGAUGCAGAGGCCUGCCACAUCCUCACAGAGAACCUCAGCACCUACGCCCUGGUUGGGCAAUCCACCACCAAAGCCGCAGCAAAACGCCUGAAAUUAGCCAUCUUUGGGCCUCUCUGCUGUUCCUCCCUGGAGUACAGCAUCCGGGUCUACUGUUUGGAUGACACUCAGGAUGCCCUGAAGGAAGUUUUACAACUUGAGAGACAGAUGGGAGGACAGCUUCUGGAGGAACCCAAGGCACUUCAUUUUAAAGGAAGUACCCACAAUUUGCGCCUAUCCAUUCAUGACGUUGCCCAUUCCCUCUGGAAGAGCAAAUUGCUGGCUAAAUAUCAGGAAAUUCCUUUUUACCAUAUCUGGAGUGGGUCUCAAAGAAACCUCCACUGUACCUUCACUCUGGAAAGAUUUAGCCUGAACACAGUGGAGCUGGUUUGCAAACUCUGUGUACGACAGGUGGAAGGAGAAGGGCAGAUCUUCCAGCUGAACUGCACCRUGUCAGAGGAACCUACUGGCAUAGAUUUGCCCUUGCUGGAUCCUGCCAGCACCAUCACCACCGUCACAGGGCCGAGUGCUUUCAGCAUCCCUCUUCCCAUCAGGCAGAAGCUCUGCAGCAGCCUGGAUGCCCCACAGACAAGAGGCCAUGACUGGAGGAUGCUGGCUCAUAAGCUAAAUCUGGACAGGUACUUGAAUUACUUUGCCACCAAAUCAAGCCCCACUGGUGUAAUCCUGGAUCUCUGGGAGGCACAGAACUUCCCAGAUGGAAACCUGAGCAUGCUGGCAGCUGUCUUGGAAGAAAUGGGAAGACAUGAAACCGUAGUGUCUUUAGCAGCAGAAGGGCAGUAUUGACCACACUGGAAAUGAAGAUGAAGGAGGAAAAUGCACAGGGAGUCUGUGGCCGUCCAGGGAAAACACAGCUGAGGAGGAAAUCCAAACUAGACCAAUGAGCUUCACAGGCAAGAUGGCAGCAGGAGAGAGAAGGAGAACAGAUACGACUACCAAUGUACAUGCCCACUUGACUUGGACAGUAUCACAGGAGUUAAGAAAAAUCGUGUAAAUGUGUACCUUGAAUUUAGAAGUCAACCUAAUUUUCCUCUUAGUUGGGCUGUAUGCUGUAUGGUACAGGAUCUUACAGUUUCCUAGGAAACGCUUUUUAUUGCUAUCCAGAUAUAUGGAUAAACUUUCUUAACAAACCCAAUUUCUACAAAUGUUGUUUACAUCAAAUUGGACAGGGAUGCAGACACUGUCCAUGGCGCAUUCUAUUUUUGUUCAAAAUCAUUUGAAGUUGAAGCUGUGGACGGUUUGUUGUGUCUAUUUCAGAUUAGUAAUUUACAAAGAAGUCAGACUUUUGCUACAAAUCUCGUACAUCCAGUGUCUCAGAUAAUCCUCCCAAUCAAUGUUCUGUUUCUAGAACUUGUAGAACCAGUGUUACUGUUUGUAUCAGGGAAGGGGAGAAUCUCAAUGGAAAGGAGAAAUGACUUAAGAUUCCUUAUGCCUUGGGUGCACCUGCCUGGUGCGCUUUUUAGGAGUAAAGCUGUAGCAUUGCAGGGAAGAUAGUGAUUCAUGUUCAAAUGCUCAAAACAUUUCUUCUUGGCGUGUUUGAAAUAUGAAAUUUAAAGAUUUUUUUUAAAARGGUAUCAUUAUUAUUAUUGAUGAGUAUCUGCAAGUAUUUUAGUAAAAGGGUCUUCUUUUAACUUCUGUUUUUGUUAGCGGUACUGUUAGUAUUUGGUAUUGACWAGACCUGCCUCACUUCCUCACAUAAGAGGUGGGUGUGGUGACCAGCUUAGUCCAACAGGCAUUGCUUCCUUGACCUUUGACCCUCUUCUACCAUUCUACCCUGGAAAGGUAGAAAGCAUUCACUGGCUUAUCAAUCAGUUCUUUCAGCUUGCUCAGACAGGGUCUUUCUCCUUUGCGUCUUACUAUGAGAAGUGUUCCCCCUGAAUUUCACUUAGUAGUGUAGUUGUGUGGUGCCACGUUGACUCUCCAUAGUACUCUGUCUGCCUUAGGGGCAGUGUGGUUGGGGAAAUAGCUAGAAAUCAGAAAACCAAUUCUGUCUAGCUGAACUGCCUUGGGGAAGGCAUUAAAACUCAUUGGAUUUCAGCUUCCUUACCUGUAACAUAAGGGAUGGGACUAGAUCACCUUCAAGGUUCAACAAUGCUGGACUUCCAUUGUUAGGCCUCCAGUCUCAUUCAUCAGUCUGAAGUUGAUAACAGACUCUGACCUGGAUCAUUCAGUCAGCUAGCCUUCCCCCCCCACACUACAUUAUGCCUUUCAAAUCAUUUUGACUUGGCAGAGAAUUAUUCUAACCUGCAAUAUAUUUGUUCAGCUUUAAAGUCCUUUCUUUAUAUCCUUGCAUUAUGCUGCUCAAAGAGAGACAGCAUCCCUUUAGUAUCAUGUUCUUCUCCUCUCAUGGGACCCCUAGCUUUCUUGCCUUCCUGACUAGUGGUAAAUUCUKCUUUGUUAUUGUUUUGUUCUCUUAAUAUCAAAAUCAUUCCUACAAGUUCUUCCUGCAGUAGGAACUUGAUGUGUUUUAUUC